AUGAGUACGAACAACCUACAAUCAUGCAAAAGAAAAAAGUUUUUACAUGGCCAUGGACGACAAAGUUCUUCUAUUGAUGAUCUUGGUCUUGACAUUCUUGUGUAUGAGAUAUUAAUAAGGCUUCCUGCAAAGGGUGUGGGUCGGUCAAAGUGUGUAUGCAAGGAAUGGUUAUCUGUUCUAUCGACACGUCAUUUUGCUAUGAUGCAUUGUCGUCACAUAUCUACAUCCUAUAACCAGAAAUUUAUAGCAAUUGAUUCGCGUUUAUGUUCUGUGUUCCCCCUUUCGUGUGAAGAUUCAGGUCCAUUAUUAAACUCCAGAAUCUUACUUCCAUUUGAAGCGCCUUGGAAUAAAGUAAAUAUUCUAACAAGUUUUGAAGGAUUGUUAUGUGUUUGUUUUCGUAAUACUGGCAAAUUGGUUAUUUGGAAUCCAUUAACUCGUGCAUUUAAAGAGGUGUCCAGCUCAAAUAGUCGUGGUUUAUAUAAACCUAAGUCAGAUGCAAUUGGGUUGUAUGUGGAUAAGACGGAUGACUACAAGCUUUUACACAUAAAGCGUAGGCGUGGUAGAAUGUGGGUUCAUGUAUAUUCAAGUAUGUUUGACUCGUGGCACAAAAUCACUUUUGCAAAUAAACUUCGUUGCUGGCGUGGAAAGCCUAUUUGGUCUAAUGGAACUUUUUGCAAAGGUGUUUUAUAUUUUUUGGUUAACUGUUUUAUUGAGAAUAAGGGUGUUAGGUUGUUUGGCUUUGAUGUGGAAUCAGAGAGAUUUAGGUUGAAAACCUUUCCAAGAUUUUCACAUGCUUACUAUGAUGGAAAUUUAGUUGUUGUUCAUAAAGAGCUUCAUGUGUUUGUUACUCAUGGGCUUCCUAAUUGGACGGUUGAUUUGUGGAGGAUGGAAGGUGAAAGUUGGGUGAAAUUAUGGGUUUUUCCUUGCAUACAGCCUCCUAUUAUUUUAUCAUGCUCUGUUACACAUAUUACAAGUACUGGCAGGUUUCUUGUCGUAUCAAAUGAUGGAGUUGCUAAUGAAAUUGACACGACAAAGAAAGGGGUUGAUUGUUUCUUACCUUUAGUUUGGUUUCACGGGUUACAAGGAGCAAUAUAUACCGAGACUCUUUCUUCACCGGAUUUUUAUUUCGAUUAA